AUGCUCAAGUGCCACGGGGUCAGCCAUGCUGAUACUGUUCGUGAUAUAGAACUUAUGGUUCAGGAAGGGCUUGUUACUCGUAGAGCUUUUAAAGGAGUGAUAUCUUAUCGUAAUGUGAGCGGAAAAGGUGUUAGCCAUGUACCAGGACGUUCUUCUAGAGUGGCAAGAUGGAUUCAUGAAGCUUUAAAAGAGUUAGAUUCGGGACAAGGAGUUUGUAUGGUGAAUAUUGAGAAGUGGGUCAUGACAAGUCAUCCAUAUUAUCAUCAUAAUUUAAAAGGAAAGAUUAAAGGGGCUCUCAAAGAAGAUUUAGAAUUAGGAAAGAUUUGGCAGGUUACUGAAGGAAAAUAUCGACUUUUGGAAGCUGCAGAG